AUGUCUUGUCCAAGCUGCUUCUCUGGCCACGCCAAGUCCCUUGUUCCAACUGGGCGUGUAGAGCUGCUACACGGUCGAAACACUUAUAUUUCCGAGCCAGGAGAAGGUGUCGCUGUUUUUGGUAUUGUAGUGAUUGUACCAGAUGCUUUUGGUUGGGAAUUCCCCAACAAUAGACUGCUUGCCGACGAAUACGCCAGGCAAGGCUCAUUGAGGGUGUACCUUCCCGACUUUAUGGAUGGAGCUGCCGCCCCUGUUUGGAUGCUGCAGACUAUUGCUGAUAUCACCAAGAAGCAAAAGACUUGGUUGGAACAUCUCUAUCUCCCUUACCAUAUUUCGAGGGCUGCUUAUGGUUUCAUACCAUUCAUUGUGCGAAAUAGGUUUUCCGUUUCCAUGACCAAGGUGCAGAGCUUUAUUGAAGCCAUUCGCCAUUCCAGCGAAGCUCAUUUGCCCCUGGGGGCGGCUGGCUUUUGUUGGGGUGGUUUACAUGUUCUAGCCCUUGCUCGAGGAUUCAAUACUACAUCGAACGGCGAGCCGCUUGUGAAUGCCGUCUUUACGGCGCAUCCAAGCAAUGUUAAAAUACCGGAUGAUGUCGCCGAGUUACGUGUACCGGUCUCGUUGGCUAUUGGGGAUAAAGAUUUUAUAAUGCCAGUGGCUCAAAUUGAUAGGGUCAGAGAGGUUUGGGCUUCAAUACCGAAUAUUGCAACAGAGGUCCGCGUGUAUCCUGGAGCAGGACACGGCUUCUCUGUCCGUGCAGAUCCACACAACGCAGCCCAGGCCGCACAGAGUGCUGAAGCAGAGAGGCAGGCCGUGGCUUGGUUCCAGAAGCAUUUUCACAAGGGAUGA